CAGCUCGAGGCCGCUUUAUCCGCGCAUAACGUGAGUUACAGUGAAACCUUCCCUCGAGAAAGCGCCUGGAAACAAAAGCGAUUCAUUUCCUACUGAAAAACGAAUCGUUGAAGGGCCUAGCGCGCGCGCUCGCCCGCAUUAUAGAUCAUCGCUUGUCACUAUCACGAAACGCCUGACGCGGCGGAGGAGAAGUUGCAAGUUGAAGUCCGUAAUAAUCAUAAGCCAGGGUUUGUAGGUUUGUGAUAUGGGCUUGCUGUCUCAAGGCUCACCGCUCAACUGGGAAGAGACCAAGAAACAUGCUGACCACGUUAGAAAGCACGGCAUCCUUCAGUUCCUCAACAUCUACAACAAGGUGAAAGAGCGACAGAAGGAUGUGCUGAAAUGGGGAGAUGAGGUGGAGUACAUGUUGGUGGAAAUGGAUGACAAGCAUGAGAAAGCCCGUCUGGUUCUGAACGGGAAGGAGGUUUUGGAAAUCCUUCAGGAAAAGGGGGAAAAGAUCAACCCUAACCACCCGACGCUGUGGAGGCCGGAGUACGGGAGUUACAUGAUCGAAGGCACGCCGGGACAGCCGUACGGCGGCUCGAUGUCGGAGUUCAACACCGUCGAGGACAACAUGGGGAAGCGGAGGAGAGAGGCGUCAUCUGUGCUCCAGCUGAACCAAACUCUGCUCACAGUCACCGCCUUCCCCAGGUUAGGCUGCCCAGGCUUCACACUGCCAGAACACACACCUACACCUGUGGAAAAAGGAGUGUCGAAAUCGCUUUUCUUCCCCGACGAGGCCAUCAACACACACCCGAGAUUCAGCACGCUGACCAGAAACAUACGCCACCGCAGGGGCGAGAAGGUGGCGAUUAACGUACCGAUUUUUAAGGAUAAGAACACGGCAUGUCCGUUUGCGGAGGCGUUCCCGGAGGACGACGGAGAGGCGGCGCGGGCAGCCCUGCCCGAUCACAUCUACAUGGACGCCAUGGGCUUCGGCAUGGGCAACUGCUGCCUGCAGGUGACCUUCCAGGCUUGCAGCAUCAGGGAGGCGCGCUACCUUUAUGACCAGCUGGCCGUUUUCUGUCCAAUAGUGAUGGCUCUCAGUGCCGCCUCUCCGCUCUAUCGCGGACUGGUUUCAGACAUCGACUGCCGCUGGGGUGUGAUCUCUGCGUCUGUGGACGACCGGACCCGAGAGGAGAGAGGCCUGGAGCCGCUGAAAAACAACAAAUUCAAGAUCAAUAAAUCGAGGUAUGAUUCGAUUGACAGCUACCUCUCCUGCUGCGGCGAGAAAUACAAUGACAUUGAGCUGACCAUCGAUGAGGAGAUCAACAAACAGCUCCUCGAUGCAGGCAUUGACAAACUGCUGGCCCAGCACAUCGCACACCUCUUCAUCCGAGACCCGCUGUCGCUCUUCCAGGAGAAGAUUCACCUGGACGACGAGAACGAAUCGGACCACUUCGAGAAUCUUCAGUCAACCAACUGGCAGACAAUGAGGUUCAAGCCCCCCCCCCCAAACUCCGACAUCGGGUGGAGAGUCGAGUUUCGCCCCAUGGAGGUCCAACUCACAGAUUUUGAGAACUCAGCUUAUGUCGUAUUUAUCGUUCUUCUCACCCGUGUGAUCUUGUCCUAUAAGCUGGAUUUCCUCAUUCCAUUAUCAAAGGUCGAUGAAAAUAUGAAAGUUGCUCAGAAGCGAAAUGCCGUGCAAGAAGGGAUGUUUUACUUUCGGAAGGACGUCUUUAAAGGCUGUAACCCGGUGUUGGACCCGCCGUCCGCGGCUCAGAACGGGGUGGAGAGCGAAGCGAGUGACGGGGAGGAGUUCACACUCAUGAGCAUCGACACCAUCAUCAACGGGAAGGAAGGGGUGUUUCACGGGCUGAUCCCGAUGUUGAACAGCUACCUGGAGAACAUGGAGGUGGACGUCGACACGCGAUGCACAAUCCUCAACUAUCUGAAACUCAUUAAGAAGCGCGCCUCUGGUGAGCUGAUGACUAUGGCGAAGUGGAUGAGGGAAUUUGUGGCCAAACAUCCUCAGUACAAGCAGGACAGUGUCAUUACAGACAAAAUCAACUACGACCUGCUUCACAAGUGCGACCGAAUCGCCAAGGGGGAGGAGAAGUGUCCCGAGCUGAUCGGAGAGCCGGUCAACAGGGGGAAAUAAAGCCCGCUCGAAACCAACGCAAAUCAUAUAUAUAUA